CGUACAACCGCACAUUCUAGCAACUGCAUACUUUUGGAUAUUGCCACUCUCCCACGUAGUCAUACAAAACAGUUUGCCUAGCUCCCAUCUUAUCCCCAAAAAAAUACGCGACGAACAUAUUAUGCCCCCCCUUGGCACUACGGAUGACAACAACACUAGUAUACCAUGGACAACAAGCCGCUGCCACCGCCUGCUCCGCCCGAUUGCCUCCCGAAUAAUUACAUUGCGUAAGGAGAAUGAUGCACACAAGAGAGUCUCUGCGGUUAAUGAGGCACGCACUGGUUCCUCCAGCUUUUCUCUCCCAAAGCGCGAUUCUCCGGUUGAGGUCGAGGCUAACCAUGCCGUGCAGUCAGGAACCUCGAAAAAGCCGCGCGGCUUCGACAAGGUGAAUGACCCCGAUUGGGUGCCAGGUGCAAGGAUUCAUGCGGCAGUAGCGAAGAGGACAUAUGGAGGACGGCCAAAAAGGUCGGCUAUUGUGAAGCCUCAAGAGAAAGAGGAUAGAAAACCUGCAAAACCGGGAGAGAUUGCGUUCACCCCUCUCAUCCAGCGUACCGCUCGAAAUUUAGAGACCCCUCGCACACACGGAUCACCAUCGAGGGGACGGGGAGGAUCUCUCAUCGCGAAAGUGGAGCAGAUCAAAGCAAUGAAGAGCCAGAUGCGGCCAGAGAUCGGAAAGUUGGUUGAGGGCUUGCUAGACGCGUAUGCAAAACUUCUUCAGGCAACUCGAAACCAAGAACCAAAGAGGCGAACAGGCGUGAGAUCACUCUUCGAAGUCUGUCUGCAAAAAUUGCCGUCGUACAUCGAGCUGGAAGAAUAUUUUACCAGACUUGACAAAGAGGAAGCCGAGGACGGCGAAGACGUCGAUGUAUGCAACGAGAUAUACGAGCAUCUGGAGGAACAAUUUGGGACGCGUUCAGGUUAUGGUUGGCAACACUUUCGACAGGUAGUGCGAUCUCAUGGCACUUCUUUGAUAUGCGACGCAUUCUCGGAAGGCAUUCUAGGUCUUGAAGCGGCCCACGCCAUCAUCGACCUUUGCAUGAAAGCAACAGCAUGGGACGAGGCAGAGAAGUUCUUGUGGACCUUCACAGCCCUCCUAAGGCCUUUAUCGCCCCCGAACAGUUUUCAAGCGGAUUUGUUCAGCAUUGACACAUCUGUUUUCGUGUACCUUGCGAAGACAUUCGUUGAACGGACUGGCCGACAUGGAUUGUUGUACGACUUACUCGAGCACAUGAUAUCUCAAGAACUUCUUCCACUAGAGUGGCUUGCAACAGAGGGUAUGCGCCCAGUCUGGAAUUCGCUAGUACGCGUCCUGGCCGAUGACGACGCCCGAACAUCUGGACAUGCGCUCCGAUUUCUUGAGACAACCAUGUGUACUGGAAUGGGACUUCCAGAUGAAAGCAUAUUUACAUCCGACGAGGUCGAUGUCGUGAACAAGCAGAUCAUACCAUCCUCACGGAAGACGCUUCGGGAGGCCCUCGAUACCACUUUCUCCAGCUUACUCACUGUGCUGACUAGUAUAGCCCUAGUAUCAUACAACCAGGUGAACAGCUACGGCCAUGUAACGAGAGAGCGAGCAUCUUGGGUAUUGGACUCGAUACUCAUUGGCCUUCUCAAGCGGAGUGAUGUUCGUAGCGACUUAGAGUUGCUUGAUGCUACAACAGAGAACAUGCAAACAUUCGCACAGCGGGCUAUGUGGAUCUGUUUUUCUUCUCUUUUGGUACACCUCAAUGGCGAUGCGCCUCGACCUGGCCUCCUUUCUUUGGAUGUACAACUUUUGCUACGAUCUAUGAAAUGGGUAUUGUAUCAAUAUUCUUGUCAUCCUAUUGAUAUUGCACCUAUACUAGCAACAUUUCCUCAACUUCUAUCGUCAACGGCACGAUGUACCGGAAAAGCCUGGCAGGACGAUGGAUUUGAUCAGCUACAACGGCUGGUAGAUCAUCUCCUGUCGCUUCGGGAAGGUCGAUUGCCGCAUCCACUCUGGAAUUUCAAGCGAUUGGCCUUGGAGUCUUGCCUGGAGUUUGCACACACACCCGAGCAUCUAGCUUAUGUUCGGCAGGUAGAAGCGUCGAUGAAGUCGGAAGGUCGUGUUGUACUAAACCAUUCGCCACAAAAGAAUGGUUCACCUACAGCACCAAGUGGGGGAUUUCGAUGGGAGGAGGGAAUUGGAGAAUGGGUUGCAUGCACGCCAUUUGCCAAACAAGUCAUGAAACGUAUUCCAAGGAGUUCGAUUCGCCCGCUAGAGCUUCUUCCCACACCUGUUCCAUCCGAAUCAUCUCAGACCACAUUAGUCGAUAAAGACUCUCCUCUAAAGCAAAUGUCCAAUGUCUCGUGGGACGAAGACAUAACUUUGCACUCGGACAUUGAACCACACUCGUCCCCAGUUGCUCGGUUGAAUCCUUUCGCUUCGAGAAAACGACGUUCAGGGUCGCCGAUGGUCGUCAUUCCAGUAAUGAAGCGGGCUAAACUCACUUCGGACUCGAUCCACGGCCACUACUCGAGUGAGUAUGUAUAUUAUGCGGAACUUCCCAAACCAUCUGUCAAUCACGAGUCUUUGGGACGAGUACAACACCCAGGUCCUCGCAGAUCCUCUCGGACCAAAUCGCGCAGAGACGCGACGGCCAAUGGCCUCGGACAAAGGAACCUGAGAGUGUCUUUAAGAUCAUCCAUGCGCAACACCUUGGCCAAACAAUAUCUCGAUGCCAAGCUCAGCAGUAGCGAGGUAGACUCGGAGUCAGAACACGAGGAUUUGGAGAAGAAGAACAAUGCGGGACCCGUGGACGAACAAGAUGAACUUGGUAGGACGCUUACUGUCAAGCGAUCCAAUUCCAGGGCGAAGCGCGGGCGAGGUCGACCGAGAAAAAUUUCAAGCACGAACUGGUUAAUGGCGAGCACAGUGGUCGAUGAGGUUGGAGAGAGUGACGACGAGUUGAGCUUUCACUAACGAUGUUUUCUGGUUUUAACGACUUAUGGCCUGUUUUGAGUUUCUUGAGGACAUGCAUUCUUCAUUAUUGGUAUCAUGAGCACAUACCUACCUAUUAGUGGUACCGUGAGCACAUAGCUAUUCUUGCUAUCAUUGGGCACAUAUAUUCUUGUUGGAUUCAUUUUCCUUUCUCUUCUUUUCUUACCUUAUUAUCGAUACCCCCUUUACUCUUAUAUAUAUG